AUGCAGUCGAAAUACCAUCAAGGGGGGGGUUUUAGCACAAAUGCUAUAUAUCCUUAUCUAGCGAUCGCUGCUCAUAACUGUGUUCCUAAUAUUGUUCAUACAAUACUUUAUGAAGGAUACGAGGUUCAAGUCCGUGCAGCCGUACCAAUAAAGGCAGGAGAAAUAUUAUAUCUAAGCUACGCCCACGCGCUGUCCCCAACUCUCAGUCGAAGAGAAUAUCUGCUCGAGUCCAAGUUCUUCAAUUGUGAAUGCAAGCGUUGCGCGGAUCCAACAGAACUGGGAACCCAUAUGAGUACCCUCAAAUGCAGCAAAUGUGACAAUGGCGUUAUUCUGUCAAGCAAUCCUUUAGAUAAUGAUGCUCAAUGGAAUUGCACAGACAAGGGGUGUGGUUUUAAAACGUCUGGUGCUGCUAUGCGAAAGUUUUUGAGCGUAAUUCAAAGUGAGGUGGAUCAAUUGGACUCGUUGGAACCAGGACCCCAAGCUAUUGAGCAAAGGGAAGCUUUUAUUAGUAAGUAUAAGUCCGUGUUCCAUCCACGUCACUCGGUGUUACUAUCUGUAAAAUGCACAUUGGCCGAGUUAUAUGGGAGAGUAGAGGGUUAUACCAUUGAUGAAUUGCCAGAUAUAAUGCUUGGACGUAAAGUGGAAAUGUGCCGUCUGAUAUUGGAUACACUGGAUAUUAUUCUUCCAGGGGAAACACGAAUGAGAGGUAUGAUGCUAUAUGAAUUGCAUGCACCACUUAUGUAUUUAGCCAGAAGUGAAUUUGCAGCGGGUUUAGUAUCGCAGGAUCAGUUGAAAGAAAAAUUAAAAGAACCACUGCAGUGUUUGGUUGAAGCUGCAAGGAUUUUGCAAAGAGAAGACCCACAAAGCCCUGAAGGUAUUAUGGGGCACAUUGCUUUCGAAUCUAUGGCACAAUUGAAAAUGAGCUUGGAUACUUUGUAA